AACUCGCACCCUGGCUGUCCUUGUGCAGCCGCACGUCCCCAGUCUGAGAAUACACCUCCAGGCGUGUCAAUCCCGGCUGCGUCUCUCCUGACCUGAAGGCAGUUUUGGUGGCGCAGCCGGGACUCCUGCAGGAGUCCCCUCCUGUCACAGACGCUGACAGGGGGCAAGCCUGGUCUUCUGCUUGGCUUCCCAGCUGCUUAGCUCCUGACCUGCCUGGAGCCCACAAGAAAAAGAAAGCAAGCAAGCAAGCUCGUUCCUGCACUCUAGCCCCCUUAAGUCUCACCCCCGGAAGUGGAAGGCGGGUGCGGGGCUCCUCUUCUGUGUCAUGGUGUUUGCAUCUGCUGAGAGACCCGUCUUCACGAAUCAUUUUCUUGUGGAGUUGCAUAAAGGGGGAGAGGAAGAAGCUCGCCAAGUUGCAGCAGAACACGGCUUUGGGGUCCGAAAGCUCCCCUUCGCCGAAGGCCUGUACCACUUUUACCACAAUGGCCUUGCAAAGGCCAAAAGAAGACGCAGCCUACACCACAGGCAGCAGCUCGAGCGAGACCCCAGGGUAAAGAUGGCCUUGCAACAGGAAGGAUUUGACCGGAAAAAGCGAGGGUACAGAGACAUCAAUGAGAUUGACAUCAACAUGAAUGAUCCUCUUUUCACAAAGCAAUGGUAUCUGAUCAAUACCGGGCAAGCUGAUGGCACUCCUGGCCUUGAUUUGAAUGUGGCUGAAGCGUGGGAGCUGGGAUACACAGGGAAAGGUGUUACCAUUGGAAUUAUGGAUGAUGGGAUUGACUAUCUCCACCCAGACCUGGCCUCCAACUAUAACGCCGAAGCAAGUUACGACUUCAGCAGCAACGACCCUUAUCCUUACCCUCGGUACACAGACGACUGGUUUAACAGCCAUGGGACCCGAUGUGCAGGAGAAGUUUCUGCUGCAGCCAACAACAACAUCUGUGGGGUUGGAGUGGCAUACAACUCCAAGGUUGCAGGCAUCCGGAUGCUGGACCAGCCGUUUAUGACGGACAUCAUCGAGGCCUCCUCCAUCAGCCAUAUGCCGCAGCUGAUCGACAUCUACAGCGCCAGCUGGGGCCCCACGGACAAUGGCAAGACGGUGGACGGGCCCCGGGAGCUCACGCUGCAGGCCAUGGCUGACGGCGUGAACAAGGGCCGCGGCGGCAAAGGCAGCAUCUACGUGUGGGCGUCUGGGGACGGCGGCAGCUACGACGACUGCAACUGCGACGGCUACGCCUCGAGCAUGUGGACCAUCUCCAUCAACUCGGCCAUCAACGACGGCAGGACCGCCUUGUACGACGAGAGCUGCUCCUCCACCCUGGCCUCCACCUUCAGCAACGGGAGGAAAAGGAACCCCGAGGCCGGCGUGGCAACCACAGAUUUGUAUGGCAACUGCACUCUGAGGCAUUCUGGGACAUCUGCGGCUGCUCCCGAGGCAGCUGGCGUGUUUGCACUGGCUUUGGAGGCUAACCUGGGUCUGACCUGGCGAGACAUGCAGCACCUGACCGUGCUUACCUCCAAGCGGAACCAGCUUCAUGAUGAGGUGCAUCAGUGGCGGCGGAACGGGGUCGGCCUGGAGUUUAAUCACCUCUUUGGCUACGGGGUCCUUGACGCAGGCGCCAUGGUGAAAAUGGCCAAAGACUGGAAAACCGUGCCCGAGAGAUUCCACUGUGUGGGAGGCUCCGUGCAGGACCCUGAGAAAAUACCACCCACUGGCAAGUUGGUGCUGACCCUCACAACGGACGCGUGCGAGGGCAAGGAAAACUUCGUGCGCUACCUCGAGCACGUCCAAGCCGUCAUCACAGUCAACGCGACCAGGAGGGGAGACCUGAACAUCAACAUGACUUCCCCCAUGGGCACCAAGUCCAUCUUGCUGAGCCGGCGUCCGAGGGAUGACGACUCCAAGGUGGGCUUUGACAAGUGGCCUUUCAUGACCACCCACACCUGGGGAGAAGACGCCCGGGGAACCUGGACCCUGGAGCUGGGGUUUGUCGGCAGUGCUCCCCAGAAGGGGGUGCUGAAGGAGUGGACCCUGAUGCUGCACGGCACGCAGAGCGCCCCCUACAUCGACCAGGUGGUGAGGGAUUACCAGUCCAAGCUGGCCAUGUCCAAGAAGGAAGAGCUGGAGGAAGAGCUGGACGAAGCCGUGGAGAGAAGCCUGAAAAGCAUCCUGAGAGAGAACUAGCGCUGCACACCCGCCGCCCCGCCGCCCUCUGCCCCGCCUCUGCCUCUGUCCUCGCCCCACGUUUCUGGCAGGCGCCUAGCAAUUACUGUCGCCCACACAAGCAAUCCCAUCUUCUUGAUCUGAAGCUUCGCUCACUGUCGAUGAUUAUUUUCAUUACAAUGGAAGCAAUCUUUUUAAUUCUAUGCCCCAAAUACAGUGUUCCCACCAACGUCUCUGUCCUGUGUGUGACUCUAAGGUCUUUAUUUCUGUCAUUCAAAUAGGUGAUACACUGCAAACAAAACUGGGACGGCACUCCCCUCAAUUUUUUUUUUUCCAUUUCUGAGAAAAGAAUGCAGUUAAAGAGCCACACAACAGUGACUCCGAGAACGUUCGUCCGUGGUCUCAACUGAGAAGCUGUUACCCGUAACAAGGAAAUCAAAGCUGGGGACAGAGGGUGAGCUCUGUGUGUCUCUUGAAGCACAGGAGAUGCUGUAAAUCCUUUGGGGAAAGAUGUUUUGAAUUUAGUAAGAUUUGUCAGGGACGUAGAGGAGGUGGUGUGAUUCCAAAGAUGCUGCCCCUCAAGAGCCCUAGUUACUGUUGGGGAAGAGAGAUUCAAAAACCAUGAGCACUGGACAUUAUACCCCCCAAGACCAAGGUCACAAUUCGCCCUACCCAGCCAUGUGACGAACAUAAAAGCUAAGUCGUGUGGUUGUCCUUUCACCAGCUGUGGCCCUGAGUUAUGGUAACAAUCUGCUAGAGCAGCCCACAUUUCUCUCAGUUUGCAUAGAGUUCAUCCCAACCUUGAUUUCCUGGGCUCCUCACAUGGCUAUGCAAAAGAAAAAACAAAUUAAGGCAAGGCGGGCAACACAUCUAGUGAAAGUAGUUUACUAGUUUUUAAAACAGGAACGUUCCUUUUCCUAAGUCACUUUGGGGCUUUAUAAUCUGAUCUAAGGGAGAGGUGAGGUGAGUGCAUUUUUUUGACAGCUGUGAUUUCCAAAAAUAUAAUUCGAGAGAAAUAUCUAACUCCCUCACAUUGUGAUUCCAUCGAUGUGUUGGGGAAAUGGCUCUGUCUGGGAAGAAGCGUGUAUGAAGGAUGAAGGGAGCGUGUUUGCAGAUAGGAGCGGCCACCCUCAUAUGGACCUUCAUUCGUACGGAGCCUCUCCUGCCAAGGGGGCCAUGCCAACUCAUCCCACAGUACCUGAAGGCCUGAAGGAGGCAAGAGAAGACCUCUGUUAGGAAAGCACAUAGUCACCAUCUUGGCAACUUACGCAAUCCAUGAGAAUAUUUAACAUGCAACCCAAAGGUUAUAGCUGUCAGCCCCCAAGAGAUACCAUUUCAUUCCCAAAUAGACAUUACCAAAGUGACCUAUUGUCACUUUGUUCAGCUACCCAGGGACUGGCUUCUCAUCCCCAAUCCCGAAGCAUCCCCAUUUUCAAGAAAUGAUUUGUUUUCAGCCAAUCCUGGCUCCAUCCCUCCCUUCCCAUGGGAGCAUGUGGCUUCGCCUGGAGCUCCUUUACCAAGCCAGCAACACAAGAGCGCUAGGUUCUGGUCCCUGAAGGUGGCCACAUGCAGAGGGAAGUCUGAAAACCCCAUUUUCUUUCUUUUUGCCCCCAUAUUGGCAUGAAUUUCUGUCUUCUCUAACACCCUGUGACCUUCUCUAUAUCAUGCUUUAAAGUGUAAUAAUAUGAUUUUUUAAAAGAAAUUUAUUACUUGUUGCAAAGGUCUUUUUAAACCAGUCUAGAUUUAAAAAAAAAAAAAAAUACAUGGAAAUCAUUGAAAAUUCAUGUCACAUUAAUGGUCUGAAAAUAAACCAAAGGACAUUAUGUGUGCAUGUGUGUAUAAGUGCACACAGAAAUAUAUAUACAUAUGUAGACUAUAUACAUGUGUAUAUAUAUGUGUAUAUAUAUACACUUGUAUAAAUGUAUAUACACACAUAUACCUAAAAUGUGUGUAUGUGUAUUUAUUGAAGAAACAGACACCACAUUCAUCUCUAAAACAAUAUUCAGAGGACAUCAAGAUGAUUCUGGCUGAAGAAAAAGGCCGGUGGAAAUUCAGGUGAAAAUGUUCAUCGAUUCCCAUUAUGUCACUUCUGUAAUUUUGCAGCUCUCUGUAUAAACAUUAAAUGUCUUAUAUUGCAGCAAAAAUAUAAAAUAGUUGUCCAUAUUUUCACAGUUGUGGUAUAAUUUAUGAAAUUAGAAAAAAAAUUAUCAGCUUCUUAAUAGAAAUGGCCAGUUUUGAUAUGAGUAUACAGUAUAUAAAAAUAUAUAUAGUGCUAUAUAUAAAUAUUUGGUCUCUAUUUCAUUUUUUGCAUCAGUAUUAACACCAAAAUAUGUCCAGCUAGUGAUGUUUUUAUGAUAUCCCUGAUCCUAAUGCAAGAGACAGUUAUUUAUAGUCAUUUAUUUUAAAAAAUGAAAAUAAGUGAAUAAUUAAUCAGGUUAAGAUUGUUACUCCCUGCGACAAAAUUUUAUAAGUGAAUUUCAAAAGACGUGUUGUAAAUUAGGAGGCUCAACAAUAAAACAUUACCUUCCAGAAA